AUGACCAAGCGCCAAACUUUCGAUCACAUACCAAGGUGGCUAGAAGAGCUGCGAAGCCACGCUGACAAGAACAUCGUCAUCAUACUGGCAGGAAAUAAAUGUGAUCUGGAAGAUCAAAGAGUUGUGCCUGCAGAAGAUGCACAAGAAUUUGCACAGAGGGAAGGCCUGUUCUUUUUGGAAACCUCUGCACUCAAUGCAACAAAUGUGGAAUCUGCCUUCUUAACUGUACUAACUGAGAUUUUCAAUAUUGUCAACAAGAAAAACUUGGUUGCAGGAGAAAAUCAAGCAAAUGGUCAUCCUUCGUCGCUUGCAGGAAAGAAGAUCGUUAUCCCUUGGCCAGCACAAGAAAUCCCUGCCAAGGGCAAGAUGUGCUGUAGUUCAUAA